UUUUUUUGUUAAUUAUCUCCCUCGCUCCCGCCGUUUCCUCCCAAUGAGAUCCAAUUGUGGCACUUCUCUUCACCGUUUUAUGUGGUACGCACACUAUUGCGAGCCAUGGUCAAUCCUUGUCUCGCUCUCCGUUUCUCAAGAUUCGCACGCAAGAAGCACGCAUUAUCCGUGUAAAAAAAAAAUCGCGCGAAUUGGCGGGACGCACAUUUCGAAAGCUUCGAUAAUCGCAAAUCGAUUGCACUCGGCAGCGCGCGCGGCCGCCAUCGCCGUCGCCGAUUGGUCGCGCGGGAGCGCCACGUGACUAUCCCGAUCGCUCAACUGCGCAGAGCUUCAAGUCGUUGCGUCAGGUCGCUCGUUUCGUCGAUCACCUUGGCAGAAUGAUCACUUCAUUCGCACGAAUUGGCAGCUCUGCGAUUGGUCUCCGUAGAAAUCUUAAUUGUUGGUCAGCAACGAUUACAAAGAAGCACAGAACGGUGUACGAACGGACGUAUCCUACAACACUUGUUUUUCCCGAUGGAAGUAGUAUAGAGAUUCAGUAUCACGAACCACGGAAGAUAAUAACCCUGCCAGUAAAUAUGGCAGAAUUAUCAGAGGCAGAACAGAAAAGGAGACUCGAAAUGCGUAAGCCAAAAACAAAGGUGGUUAUAACGGAGGAAAUUGAGGAUACUUUUGAUGAGAAUAGGUAUCUCAAUCUUAAGAAGUGAUUGCACCUUGGCAUUUCUGAAAUUUGUAUUAUAUAUAUCAUUUAUAGCAAAAUAUAAAUAACUUUUUAAAACAUUUAAAGGGCUCUUGUAUCUUUUGUUUAAUAUAAAUGUUUAAAUAAUUAUAUGUUUAUUCUCUCUAGUAUAAAUGAUGUAAAUACUACUGUUAUAAACUUUUGUGAUAAUGUAGUUAUAAUGUAGUUAUGAACAGAUCUAAUCAUUCUAGAAUUAUCAGACAAUAUUGAAUUGUACUUAUGAUAAAAUAAGAAAUGCCACAUAUAUGAAUAUAUUGCGCAUUGAUAUAAACAUCGUUCCGUAAAUACAGAACAUUUGUAAUGUUUCUAAUAACACAAGAAAAUACAAUUCUAUACAAUAUAAA